AUGUCGCGAAUGGUUGCUGGAUGUUAUACCCAGAGAAGUGUAACCAGGUUUGACAAGCAAAAAACCAGCAAUCCCAAUUCGUGGACAUUAGUGGACUCAGGAGCAGAUGCGAACUUUGUAUCCCACACCUGGGCAUCCAAGUGCCUUUCAAAGACGGAAGGUAAACCAAAGGUUACUCAGGCAGUCGAGCAAGAGUCUGCAUUUGUGGAGCAAGCCAUCCCUGGAUCAAAUGCUACUAUCUCAAUCCAAGUCAGAAGCCAGAAAGAUGGGAAAAAACGAAAACCGAUGUGGCAUGGUUCUUCUAAAAGGAAAGGGAGAACCUACUGA